AUGGACGAAGAACCGAUGGAAGCGACUGCUGAAGAACUCGUUCAUCAUCAUCAUCAGCAGCAGCAACACGUUGGUCCCACGCGGAUGGUCGCCAGAGGUCAGGAGAUGGCCGGUGGACCCCAAUUGACGUCGUCGUCAAUCGGUGACGAAAAACAGGGGUUGAUGCCGUCCUCACAACACCCUCAUCAUCACCAACACCCUCACAAUCAUCCUUGUCAAUCCCCAGACGACGAGACAACGACGAAUCAGUCGGUCAAUCAACGAAAUCCAACGACGACAACCAUCACUAAUAAUAGUAAUUUAACCCCAACAAGUCCAACCACAAAUAUACAACAAGCAGACCCCAAUGGAUCACAGGAUUCUCGAAAAUCUACCGGGGUACCCUUACUUCGACCAGGAAAUAUGGUAAUGAUGACAAUAACCCAAGAGGACUAUGAAACACAGUACUUGCCACAAUUGAUGGAUGCCAUCAAUCAGCUGUUAACAAUCACACCUGGCACCUACAUCCCUAUUUCCUAUGAACAGAUGUACAGCUGUGUCUACAAAUGCGUAUGUAAACAAUUCUCGGAGAGGCUGUACACGGAUCUGAUCAAUCACAUUCGUUCACAUCUCUCACAAAUAGAUUCUCAUUUACGGGAGUGUCGAAAUGAUUCCACUGCAUUUGUAGAGCAAUUUUCCCUUUUAAUGAACCAAUAUUUACAAGCUUUGACAGGAAUUGUGCCGAUAUUCAAUUAUAUGAAUAGAUUUUAUGUUGAAACUAAAUUGAAGACUGAUCUAAAUGACGAACUUCGGAAGCUUUUUAGUGAAAUUGUUGUGAAGCAACACAUUUCUACUUUAUUAACCUUAUUAGAGGAGGCCCUGUCUGUUCCCUUCACCAUUUCACCCCCUGUGAUGGCAAGCAUUAUUAAAAAUUUGUAUUCUUUAAACCCAGAUUAUGCUCAGAUGAAACCUGAUGUUUUUGCCAGAUAUAUUCCCAACAUUCGUCCCCCAACUUCCAUAAUGGGGCUGGAAGACUACAAAGCAGAAGCCAGACAAAUGCAACAAGAAUUGCUCCAUAACCCAGAAUUCAACUGCUCAGACUCCAGUCGCAAACGCCGCAGUGAAGAAGAGAUCCCAAGUAAAUUUUGGGGAGUAGAUCAGGCAAAGAACUUUUUCAACACCAACCUCCUAUAUUUCUCUUUCUCUUUUGUGUGUGUUUCCUUCUUUUCCUUCUCGUCUCGUUCCCUCUCUCGUCUCCUGUCCCUCCCUCUCUCGUCUCUCCCUCUCUCCUGUCUCCCCUCCCCUCCUCUCUCGUCCCUCCCCCUCCUCUCUCGUCCCGUCUCGUCCCCUCCCUCCUCCUCGUCCCCUCCCUCUCGUCCUGUCUCGUCCCUCCCUCUCGUCCCUCCCUCGUCCUCUCUCGUCCCUCCCCUCCGUCCUCUCUCGUCCCCUCCUUCUCUCGUCCCCCUCCUUGUCCCUCCCUCCCUCUCAUCUCCUCCUUGCCCCCCCUCUCUCUCAAAUUUAAAAAUUAAAACUUUUGAAGACCAAUGUCAGACAUGUCAUGAAAAUUUUGAACAGCAACAUCACACUGCAAUCAUUUUUCUUCUCUCCUUUUUCUCUUUCUCUCUCCUUUUUCUCUUUCUCUCUCCUUUUUCUCUUUCUCUCUCCUUUUUCCUUUUCUCUCUCCUUUUUCCUUUCUCUCUCCUUUUUCCUUUUUUUUUUUCUCUCUCUCUCUCUUCUCUCCUUUUUCCUUUUUCUCUUUUUUUUUUCUCUCUCUCUCUCUCUCUCUUAUUUUUUCUCUUUAUGGACUGUGUAAAGCAACCUUUUUCUUUUUUAAUUUUCUCUUUUUUUCUUUUUUUCUUUUUUUUAAUGGUGAUACGACUUUUUUUAUUUUCCUUCUUUUUUCUUAAAACAACCAUUCUUUUCUUUACUAUUUUUCUUCUUUUUUUUCUUUUCUACAGUUUUAUAAAAAAUUUUCUUUCAUUUCUUUUUCUUAGACAAGAUUUUGUUUUUUUUCUUCUUCACAGUAUAAAACAACCUUUCUUUCAUUUCUUUUUUUUAGAAAGAUUUUGUUUUUUUUCUUGUUCACAGUAUUUUUUGUUCUUUUUUCUUCUUCACAGUAUAAAACAACCUUUUUUUCAUUUUUUUCUUAGACAAGAUUUUUGUUCUUUUUUUUCUUCUUCAUUUAAAAAUUUCUUUUCAAAUUUCGGGUUCAUUUUCUUAGACAAGAUUUUGUUUUCUUUUUUUUCUUCACAACAAGAUUUGUUCUUUUUUCUUUCUUUUCACAGUUUAAAAAAAACCUUUCUUUUCAUUUCUUUUCUUAGACAAGAUUUUGUUCUUUUUCUUCUUCACAACAAGAUUUUGUUCUUUUUUCUUCACAGUAUAAAACAACCUUUCUUUUCAUUUCCUUUUCUUAGACAAGAUUUUGUUCUUUUUUUCUUCUUCACAACAAGAUUUUGUUUCUUUUUUUCUUCUUUCACAGUAAAAACAAUCUUUCUUUCAUUUCUUUUUCUUAGACAAGAUUUUGUUCUUUUUCUUCUUCACAGUAUAAAACAAUCUUUCUUUCAUUUCCUUUUUCUUAGACAAGAUUUUGUUCUUUUUUUUCUUCUUCACAGUAUAAAACAAUCUUUCUUUCAUUUUUUUCUUAGACAAGAUUUUGUUCUUUUUCUUCUUUAUAAAACAAUCUUUUUUCUUUCCUUUUUCUUAGACAAGAUUUUGUUCUUUUUCUUCUUCACAACAAGAUUUUGUUCUUUUUCUUCUUCACAGUAUAAAAACAAUCUUUCUUUUCAUUUCAAGAUUUUGUUCUUUUUUUUCUUCUUCACAGAUAAAACAAUCUUUCUUUCAUUUUGUUCUUUUUUGUUCUUUUUUUCACAGUAUAAAACAAUUUUUCUUUCAUUUCUUUUCUUAGACAAGAUUUUGUUCUUUUUUCUUCUUCACAGUAUAAAACAAUCUUUCUUUCAUUUCUUUUUCUUAGACAAGAUUUUGUUCUUUUUUCUUCUUCACAGUAUAAAACAAUCUUUCUUUCAUUUCCUUUUCUUAGACAAGAUUUUGUUCUUUUUUCUUCUUCACAGUAUAAAACAAUCUUUCUUUCAUUUCUUUUUCUUAGACAAGAUUUUGUUCUUUUUUCUUCUUCACAGUAUAAAACAAUCUUUUCUUUCAUUUUUUUUUAGACAAGAUUUUGUUCUUUUUUCUUCUUCACAGUAUAAAACAAUCUUUCUUUCAUUUCCUUUUCUUAGACAAGAUUUUGUUCUUUUUUCUUCUUCAAAUAAAACAAUCUUUCAUUUCAUUUUAGACAAGAUUUUGUUUUUUUUUCUUACAACAAGAUUUUGUUCUUUUCUUCUUCACAGUAUAAAACAAUCUUUCUUUCAUUUCUUUUUUCUUAGACAAGAUUUUGUUCUUUUUCUUUUUUUUUCACAGUAUAAAACAAUUUUCUUUUCAUUUCUUUUCUUAGACAAGAUUUUGUUCUUUUUUUCUUCUUCACAGUAUAAAACAAUCUUUCUUUCAUUUCCUUUUCUUAGACAAGAUUUUGUUCUUUUUUCUUCACAGUAUAAAACAAUCUUUCUUUCAUUUCUUUUUCUUAGACAAGAUUUUGUUCUUUUUUCUUCUUCACAGUAUAAAACAAUCUUUCAUUUCAUUUUCUUUAGACAAGAUUUUGUUCUUUUUUUUUUCUUCAGACAAGAUUUUGUUUUUCUUAGACAAGAUUUUGUUCUUUUUUCUUUUCUUCACAGUAUAAAAAAACAAUCUUUCUUUCAUUUCCUUUUCUUAGACAAGAUUUUGUUCUUUUUUCUUCACAACAAGAUUUUGUUCUUUUUUUCUUCUUCACAGUAUAAAACAAUCUUUCUUUCAUUUCCUUUUCUUAGACAAGAUUUUGUUCUUUUUUUUCCACAGUAUUCUUCUAUAAAAAAAACAAUCUUUUCUUUCAUUUCCUUUUUCUUAGACAAGAUUUUGUUCUUUUUUUUCUUCAUAAAACAAUUUCCUUUUCUUAGACAAGAUUUUGUUCUUUUUCUUCAUAUAAAACAACCUUUCUUUUCAUUUCUUUUUCUUAGACAAGAUUUUGUUCUUUUUCUUCUUCACAUUUUGUUCUUUUUUCUUCUUCACAGUAUAAAACAAUCUUUCUUUCAUUUCCUUUUCUUAGACAAGAUUUUGUUCUUUUUUCUUCUUCACAGUAUAAAACAAUCUUUCUCUUUCUUUUUCAUUUCUUUUUUCUUAGACAAGAUUUUGUUCUUUUUCUUAGACAAGAUUUUGUUUUUUUCUUCACAACAAGAUUUUGUUCUUUUUCUUCUUCACAGUAUAAAACAAUCUUUCUUUUCAUUUCUUUUUCUUAGACAAGAUUUUGUUCUUUUUUCUUCUUCACAUAUAAAACAAUCUUUCUUUCAUUUCCUUUUCUUAGACAAGAUUUUGUUCUUUUUUCUUCUUCACAGUAUAAAACAAUCUUUCUUUCAUUUCCUUUUUCUUAGACAAGAUUUUGUUCUUUUUCUUCUUCACAAUUUUUGUUCUUUUUUUUUUCUUCUUCACAGUAUAAAACAAUCUUUCUUUCAUUUCUUUUUCUUAGACAAGAUUUUCUUCUUCACAACAAGAUUUUGUUCUUUUUUUUCUUCUUCACAGUAUAAAAACAAUCUUUCUUUCAUUUCUUUUUUCUUAGACAAGAUUUUUUCUUCUUUUUUCUUCUUCACAUAUAAAACAAUCUUUCUUUCAUUUCCUUUUCUUAGACAAGAUUUUGUUCUUUUUUUUUUCUUAACAAGAUUUUGUUCUUUUUCUUCUUCACAGUAUAAAACAAUCUUUCUUUUUUUUCUUAGACAAGAUUUUGUUCUUUUUCUUCUUCACAGUAUAAAACAAUCUUUUCUUUCAUUUCUUUUCUUAGACAAGAUUUUGUUCUUUUUCUUCUUCACAACAAGAUUUUGUUCUUUUUCUUCUUCACAGUAUAAAACAAUUUUCUUUCAUUUCCUUUUCUUAGACAAGAUUUUGUUCUUUUCUUCUUCACAGUAUAAAACAAUCUUUUCAUUUCCUUUUCUUAGACAAGAUUUUGUUCUUUUUUUCUUCUUCAGUAUAAAACAAUCUUUCUUUCAUUUUCCUUUUCUUAGACAAGAUUUUUGUUCUUUUUUUCUUCUUCACAGUAUAAAACAAUCUUUCUUUCAUUUCCUUUUCUUAGACAAGAUUUUUUCUUUUUUUCUUCUUCACAACAAGAUUUUGUUUCUUUUUUCUUCUUCACAGUAUAAAACAAUCUUUCUUUCAUUUCCUUUUCUUAGACAAGAUUUUGUUCUUUUUUCUUCUUCACAGUAUAAAACAAUCUUUUUUCAUUUCAUUUUCUUUUUUCUUAGACAAGAUUUUUUUCUUUUUUCUUCUUCUUCACAGUAUAAAACAAUCUUUCUUUCAUUUCCUUUUCUUAGACAAGAUUUUGUUCUUUUUUCUUCUUCACAGUAUAAAACAAUCUUUCUUUCAUUUCCUUUUCUUAGACAAGAUUUUGUUCUUUUUUCUUCUUCACAGUAUAAAACAAUCUUUCUUUCAUUUCCUUUUCUUAGACAAGAUUUUGUUCUUUUUUCUUCUUCACAGUAUAAAACAAUCUUUCUUUCAUUUCCUUUUCUUAGACAAGAUUUUGUUCUUUUUUCUUCUUCACAGUAUAAAACAAUCUUUCUUUUCAUUUCUUUUUUCUUUUUCAAGAUUUUUCUUUUUUCUUUCUUUUUUCAUAUAAAACAAUCUUUCUUUCAUUUCUUUUUCUUAGACAAGAUUUUGUUCUUUUUUCUUCUUCACAGUAUAAAACAAUCUUUCUUUCAUUUCUUUUUCUUAGACAAGAUUUUGUUCUUUUUUCUUCUUCACAGUAUAAAACAAUCUUUCUUUCAUUUCUUUUUCUUAGACAAGAUUUUGUUCUUUUUUCUUCUUCACAGUAUAAAACAACCUUUCUUUCAUUUCCUUUUCUUAGACAAGAUUUUUGUUCUUUUUUCUUUUCUUCACAGUAUAAAACAAUCUUUCUUUCAUUUCUUUUUCUUAGACAAGAUUUUGUUCUUUUUCUUCUUCAACAAGAUUUUGUUCUUUUUUCUUCUUCACAGUAUAAAACAAUCUUUCUUUCAUUUCUUUUUCUUAGACAAGAUUUUGUUCUUUUUCUUCUUCACAUAUAAAACAAUCUUUCUUUCAUUUCCUUUUUUCUUAGACAAGAUUUUGUUCUUUUUCUUCUUCACAUAUAAAACAAUCUUUCUUUUUUUUCUUAGACAAGAUUUUGUUCUUUUUUCUUCUCUUCACAGUAUAAACAAUUUUCUUUCAUUUCUUUUUUCUUUUCUUAGACAAGAUUUUGUUCUUUUUCUUCUUCACAGUAUAAAACAAUCUUUCUUUCAUUUCUUUUUCUUAGACAAGAUUUUGUUCUUUUUCUUACAGUAUAAAACAAUCUUUCUUUCAUUUCUUUUUCUUAGACAAGAUUUUGUUCUUUUUUCUUCUUCACAGUAUAAAACAAUCUUUCUUUCAUUUCUUUUUCUUAGACAAGAUUUUGUUCUUUUUUCUUCUUCACAGUAUAAAGCAAUCUUUCUUUCAUUUCUUUUUCUUAGACAAGAUUUUUUGUUGCACCAUCCAUGCAGCUGGAGGAUGGUGCAGCGCACUCUGUCAGGCUGGCACCCACAGAAACCCAAUCUGCCCUUCUGUACUCGGCUUCGUCAGAUCCAGCGACCAGAAUCUACAGCCACUGCAUACAAUAUGUCUGAUUCCACAGUAACAAAAAACUUGCCCUUAAACAUGCUUUCAGAAGAAGAAGAAAUGAUGCGAGAAACAGUGUCACGACUGGCAGCUGAGAAAAUCCAGCCACUUGUGAAAGAGAUGGAUGCUGAGAGCAAAAUGGACCAGUCAGUCAUUGAUGCCAUGUUUGAAAAUGGUCUGAUGGGAAUUGAUAUCGAGGCUGAAUAUAAUGGAACUAACUCAACGUUUUUUGUGGCCAACUUGGUCAUUGAAGAACUGGCCAAAGUGGAUCCUUCGGUCAGUGCAAUGGUCGACGUGCAUAACACAGUGGUCAAUGCAGUAUUUCGCAGCUAUGCAUCCGAGGAACAUAAAAAGAAAUAUCUCAGCCGAUUGACAACAGAUACGGUUGGCAGUUUCUGUUUGUCAGAAGCAGGUGCUGGUUCUGAUGCUUUCUCUUUGAAAACGUCUGCAGUGAAACAAGGAAAUCAUUAUGUCCUUAAUGGCAGUAAGAUGUGGAUCACUAAUGCCGAACAUGCUGGCAUAUUCCUGGUCAUGGCUAAUGCCAAACCUGAAGAUGGUUACCGUGGUAUCACCUGCUUUAUUGUUGAGCGGGAUACAGAAGGUUUGACUGUGGCUAAAAAAGAAGACAAGCUAGGUAUUCGAGCAUCCAGUACCUGCAUGGUCCAUUUUGACAAUGUCAUCGUUCCAGAGGAAAAUAUUCUUGGGACAUUUGGGCAUGGCUAUAAAUAUGCAAUUGGUAUUCUCAAUGAAGGCAGAAUUGGGAUUGGAUCUCAGAUGAUUGGUUUGGCAAGUGGUUGUCUUGAUCAUACUAUCAAAUAUGUAAUGGAGAGAAAACAGUUUGGACAGAGCAUAUGGGACUUCCAGAGUAUGCAGCAUCAAAUUUCUCGUGUUGCCAUGCAAAUUGAAGCAGCUCGUUUACUUGUUUAUAAUGCAGCCAGGAUGAAGGAAGCAGGUCAGCCAAUCAUUAAGGAAGCAGCCAUGGCCAAGUUAUUCAGCUCUGAGGUGGCUACAGAAACCACUUCCAAAUGUCUUGAAUGGAUGGGUGGCGUUGGCUUCACCAAAGAUUAUCCAAUUGAGAAAUAUUUCAGAGAUUGUAAAAUUGGAACAAUUUAUGAAGGAACUUCUAAUAUCCAGCUGAACACAAUUGCCAAAUGUCUGAAAGUUGAAUAUCUACAUUGA